AUGAGAAACGUCACUCAGAGGCCACGCCCCCGCGCUACGCCCCCCUCUGAGGCCACGCCCCCCGUGGCCGGUGAACGGGAGCCGGAGGCCGACCCGAGCCGAGCGGAGGCCGAACCGAGCCGAGCCGAGCCCCCGGUGCCCGGAGCCGUCCCCCAUGGCUGCCGAGGGCCCCGUGCCCGGCCCCGCCGGGUUCAGUUCGCCAUCGACCGCGGCGGGACCUUCACGGACGUGUUCGCUCGCUGCCCCGGCGGCGGCGUCCGCGUCCUCAAGCUGCUCUCCGAGGACCCGGCCUACGCAGAUCCGCCCACCGAGGGCAUCCGCCGCGUCCUGGAGGAGGAGCUGGGGGUGCCGCUGCCCCGGGAGCAGCCGCUGGACGCGGCCGGUAUCGAGUGGAUCCGGAUGGGGACCACGGUGGCCACCAACGCGCUGCUGGAGCGCCGGGGCGAGCGCGUGGCGCUGCUGGUGACCCGCGGCUUCCGCCACCUCCUGCACAUCGGCACCCAGGCGCGGCCGCGCAUCUUCGACCUGGCGGUGGCGGUGCCCGAGGUGCUGUACGAGGAGGUGAUCGAGGUGGACGAGCGGCUCAUCCCGCUCCAGCCGCGCUGCCGCCUCCCGGGCACAGAGUCGCUCCCGGUGCUCCAAGGAUCCAUGGGGGUGUCGCUGGUGCUGCAGCGGCCGCUGGAGCUCUCGGCGCUGCGGCGGGAGCUGGAGGGGGUGCGGGACCGCGGCAUCCGCAGCCUGGCCGUGCUGCUGCUGCACUCCUACGCGUGGCCGGGCCAUGAGCAGCGAGUGGCGGCGCUGGCGCGGGAGCUGGGCUUCGAGCACGUGUCGCUGUCCUCGGCCGUGGCGCCCAUGGUGCGCGCGGUGCCGCGCGGCUUCACCGCCUGCGCCGAUGCCUACCUGAGCCCCUGCAUCCAGCGGUACCUGCACGGCUUCCGCGCCGGCUUCCGGCACCGCCUGCAGGGGGUGCCGGUGCUGUUCAUGCGCUCGGACGGGGGCCUCACGCCGAUGGAGAAGUUCUCCGGUGCCAGCUCCAUCCUGUCGGGCCCGGCCGGCGGCGUUGUUGGCUAUGCCAUGACCACGUACGACCACGGUGACGGCACACCCGUCAUAGGCUUUGACAUGGGAGGCACCUCCACCGACGUCAGCCGCUAUGCCGGUGAGUACGAGCACGUCUUCGAGGCCACCACAGCCGGUGUCACCAUCCAGGCGCCGCAGCUCGACAUCAACACGGUGGCGGCCGGCGGCGGCUCCCGGCUCUUCUUCAGGUCUGGGCUCUACGUGGUUGGCCCUGAGUCAGCCGGUGCCCACCCCGGCCCCGCGUGUUACCGCAAGGGGGGUCCAUUGACCAUCACUGAUGCCAACCUCUGCCUUGGCCGCCUCCUUCCCGAGUACUUCCCACGGAUCUUUGGCCCCGGCGAGGACCAGCCCCUGUGCCGGGACACGGUGGCACAGGCGUUCCAAGCCAUGGCCGCCGACAUCGCCGCCUUCACCGCCAGCACCGCCGGUGACACCGGCACCAGUGCCACCAGUGCCCCCGCCACCCCCAGUGCCCCACAGCCCCUGUCAGUGGAGGAGGUGGCCAUGGGCUUCGUGCGUGUGGCCAAUGAAGCCAUGUGCCGGCCCAUCCGCGCCCUCACGCAGGCCCGAGGCCAUGACACUGCCCGGCACGUGCUGGCGUGUUUCGGGGGCGCCGGGGGGCAGCACGCGUGUGCCAUUGCCCGCGCCCUUGGCAUGAGCCGUGUCUUCAUCCACAGGCACAGCGGGCUGCUGUCUGCCGUGGGGCUGGCGCUGGCGGAUGUGGUGCACGAGGCACAGGCUCCCUGUGCCCUUCCCUACGCUCCCGACUCCUUCCCACACCUGGACCGGCGCAUCCAGGAGCUGGAGCAGGAAUGCCGGGAUGUGCUGCAGGAGCAGGGCUUCAGCCUGGAGCAGAUCCGCACGGAAUCCUUCCUACACCUGCGCUAUGAAGGCACCGACUGCGCCCUCAUGUGCUCGGCCAAGGGGCACCCGGCCACCGCCGGCUCCUGCCGCGCCGGGGACUUCCUCAGCGCCUUCACCAGCCGGUACCGGCUGGAGUUCGGGUUCACGAUCCCGGACCGGGCCGUGCUCGUGGAUGACGUCCGGGUGCGCGGCACCGGCUCCAGCGGCAGCAGCGCCCGAAGCCCCCUGAGCCCCAGCGGGGAGCCCCCCCCCGUGGAGACGGUGACGCGGUGCUACUUCGAGGAGGGGUACAUGGACACCCCCGUGUUCCUGCUGCAGGCGCUGGCCUCUGACCACAGCAUCCCCGGGCCAGCCAUCAUCAUCGACAACAACAGCACCAUCGUGGUGGAACCGGGCUGCACCGCCAGCAUCACCCGCGUCGGGGACAUCUCCAUCGCCGUGGGGUCGGUGGCCACACGCCCCAUCGGCCCCCAGCUCGACCCCGUGCAGCUCUCCAUCUUCUCCCACCGUUUCAUGAGCAUCGCAGAGCAGAUGGGCCGCAUCCUGCAGCGCACGGCCAUCUCCACCAACAUCAAGGAGCGCCUGGACUUCUCCUGCGCGCUCUUCGGGCCGGAUGGGGGGCUCGUGUCCAACGCGCCCCACAUCCCCGUGCACCUCGGCGCCAUGCAGGAGGCCGUCCAGUUCCAGAUCCGGAACCUGGGUGAGGACCUGCGGGACGGGGACGUGAUCCUGAGCAACCACCCGUGUGCGGGGGGCAGCCACCUGCCCGACCUCACCGUCAUCACCCCGGUCUUCUGGCCGGGCAUCCCCAGCCCCGUGUUCUUCGUGGCCAACCGCGGGCACCACGCGGACAUCGGCGGCAGCACCCCCGGCUCGAUGCCCCCCCACUCCAAGACGCUGCGGGAGGAAGGAGCCGUCUUCAUCUCCUUCAAGCUGGUCAAGGACGGGGUGUUCCAGGAGGAGGCGGUGGCCGCGGCGCUGCAUGCCCCGGGGCAGGUCCCGGGCUGCAGUGGGACACGGAACCUGCGCGACAACGUGUCGGACCUGCGCGCGCAGGUGGCCGCCAACCGCGCCGGCGCUGAGCUGGUGACGGCGCUGAUCCGGCAGCACGGGCUCAGCACCGUGCAGGGCUACAUGCGGCACGUCCAGGACACCGCGGAGCGCUGUGUUCGGGACAUGCUCCGAGCCUUCUGGGCGCGCUGGGGCGCGGAGCUGGGGGCUGAGGACGGGCUGGACGAUGGGAGCCGCCUGCGGCUGCGAGUGCGGCUGCAGCCCGAGGGCAGCGCCGUGUUUGACUUCUCGGGCACGGGCCCCGAGGUGCUGGGGAACUGGAACGCGCCGCGCGCCGUCACCCUGGCCGCCAUCAUCUACUGCCUGCGCUGCAUGGUGGGGCAGGAGCUGCCCCUCAACCAGGGGUGCCUGGCCCCCGUGCGCGUGCUCAUCCCCAAGGGCUCCAUCCUGGACCCCUCGCCCGAGGCCGCCGUGGUGGGGGGCAACGUCCUCACCUCCCAGCGCGUCGUGGACGUCAUCUUCAAGGCCUUCGGCGUGUGCGCAGCCUCCCAGGGCUGCAUGAACAACGUCACCUUCGGCACUGCCCGCUCCGGGUACUACGAGACGGUGGCGGGCGGGGCCGGGGCGGGCCCUGGCUGGCACGGCCGCAGCGGGGUGCACACGCACAUGACCAACACCCGCAUCACCGACCCCGAGAUCCUGGAGCAGCGGUACCCGGUGGUGCUGCAGCGCUUCGGGCUGCGGGCGGGCUCGGGAGGCGCCGGGCGCUGGCGCGGCGGGGACGGCCUGGUCCGGGAGCUGCUGUUCCGGGAGCGGCUGGAGCUGGCGGUGCUGAGCGAGAGGAGGGUGCUGAGGCCCUACGGGCUCUGCGGGGGCAGCCCCGGUGCCCCAGGCCUGAACCUGCUGCUGCGCCGCGACGGGAGAACCCUCAACCUGGGGGGCAAGAGCUCCGUGUCGGUGGAGCCGGGGGACGUUUUCCGCCUCCUGACCCCCGGUGGCGGCGGCUUCGGAGCCCCCGAGGACGGGCCCGGGGCCGGGGCUGAGGAUGGGGCCGGGGACAGAGCCCGGGGGGGGGGCCCGGUGCCACCGCCCCCCCCCAGCUUCACCGAGCGCGGCAGCGUCUUCGAGUACCGGCGGGCGCAGGAGAGCGUCUGAGGGGCUGCCCCACAACUGCGGCCAUGGGGCUGCCCCACGGCGCACAGCGCACCCCAUGGGCUGCCCCACGGCACACAGCGCACCCCAUGGGCUGCCCCACAACUGCGGCCAUGGG